AAAACCGAGUGGCCGUCGAGAAGAGUGAAGAAAAUACCGACGAAAGUGCAAAAAGGAAGCGGAUGACAGCAAUUGCGAUAAAGUGACAAUGAAAAUUUUUUCUCCUCGUACUGGCUAUGAAAGCGCACAACUUCACAUUACAACAACUAAAAUAACAAUAGCCGGUCCAGCAGACACAACGGACACGCCUCGAAGCUGCAAGUGCCAACCACUGCCGCGCGCCGCUGUCUAAAAUGGAUGAUUUAUAAGCUUGCAGCUAAACGCGCGCGAUUGCAAUUCGAAAGUAAAAGAAAUCCAACAGCUGUGGGAAAAUCAGCGCAACGAAUUCAUAUCAAACUUUGAACAGACUAUUUAGGGUAGCAAAAAGCAGCGAAGGAGUGCGCAGCAAAGCAGCGGAAAAAUACGGAUAAAACAACAAUAACACACAGCAGCAAAAACAGCAGUUGCAGUGUUCUCAGAACUAAAAACGUAAGCCGCAAACAAACACAAUCUGUCUGAAAGCACUAACAAUUACAUCUGCAAAAACUUCGAAAAUGAUGGACAGCGCAUUAAAUCACACCCCAGUUGCCGUAAUCCCAAUAAACGUUGCAUAACAAACGCAGGCACUAAACAUCUCACUGCCGCAACAUGAACAUCGAACAGCAGAAAUUCCCACCACCACCAACGAACUUGCUGUCCGACAGCGGUUACACCAACGGCUAUGCCACACCCAGUGGCAGCAGCAUUACCACAACCUCAGCAGACACAUCAGCGUCGUCGCCUGCCUCACAGACGACCACCUACGUGAAUAUACCGAUUAUACCACAUGGUCAGCUGCCCGCAUCCACGUCAUCCACAUCAACCGCCUCACCACCGCUGCCGCCACCACCACCUUCAACCAUAUCAAUGAUGGCGGGCGGUGGCAGCACACCCAACAGUGGCGGCACAAGCACCUUCAAGACACCAUUACUGCCCAUGCCCACGCUCGAGGACAUCGAAGGCGGCCUGCUGGCUGUCACCACAGCUAAUGCGCCCACCCCAAUGCCUGUCGGUAUACUCAAGUAUCCGAAUGCUGCCGCAGCGGCCGCCGCAGCAUCGGUGGCAACAACACCACUUACACUGCCACCAUCUACUUUGAGUAUGUGCGGCAGUGGCAUGGGUCCGGGGCCACCGCCGACGCUAAUGCAAGCGCCUGCUCUAUCGUUACCCGCCUCAACUAUGUCUAGUGGUUAUUUGAGUGGUGUUACCAGUAGUUAUCAAUCAGCGUCACAUGCGCAACAGCAACAACAACAACAACAGCAAUUACCACCUGCCACACUCUCACUAAACAGCGAUAUGCUGCAGCAUCAGACGACACCAAUAACGGUGCUUUCACUGCAACAUUCCACGCAACAAGCGUUACCACCACCACCACCGCCCUCUGUGGGUCUACUCAAUAGCAGCAGCGGUGUUGCGCUUGGCUUAAAUACGAGCAACAAUGCCAAUAUGGGGCGUAGCAGUCAUCAGUCUAACACCACCGUUGGCAUGGGCAGCUCCGGUGCUGCAACAACAAGCAGUAACGUGGAUUCAAAGCGCUCGGCAAAGUGCUGCGGUUGUUUCGGUAGUAGCCACUCUUCAUCAACAACCAAGUCACAGCAUAAAAGGCAUCGCAAACAGAAGGCACAAACAAUUUGGUCCGCUCUGUUAACGAAUCUGGGGAUCUGUGCAUUGCUGCUAGCCUACACUUUAUUGGGUUCAUUCAUAUUUCUAACAAUCGAGAGCGAAGACUCAACGUUCCUGCAUCAUCAUAAUCACCAUCAUCAUCCCAGUCAUCAUGCAGUGCUGCAGCGACAACGCCAACAGCAACAGCAACAACAGCGUACACUCGCUUCUACUAAACGUGGUGGCGGUAAUAUGGAAAAUAUUUAUCACACUUCACCCGAACAAAUGCAUCUGGACAAUGCCACAGCGUUAUCGUCACAAAACGCAUACGCCCCGCACACCGACGCCGGAGCAUCAUUAUCUGGCACGACUGCUUAUACUUCUACGUCAAAUGCCGCUUCCGCUGCCGCCAAUGCCAUGCUCGAGGGCAUUGUACCGUUGAGCGAUGAGCAUGGCGACACGGGCGUUGUAGAUUUCAGCUAUGGUGAUGAACUGCUCGGCGGCGAUGGCGUCACAUCGGCACAGUUGGCGCUGUCGGCGGACACGCAGGAAGUGCGACAACGCACCAUUGAGAAUAUCUGGGAUAUAACGGUGUCAUUGAAUAUACUCUACAAGGAGAAUUGGACGAAGCUAGCCGCUUUGGAAAUUGCCAAAUUUCAAGACCAAUUAAUCAAGAGACUGAACGAGGACGCGCUACUGCAAUUAUCACAUGAAAUGGAUGGCGGCAUCACUGCUGGCGGCGGAAAUGGUGCGGCGAUUGCCGGUAAUAGUCCGGCUACGGAAGCUGUACUCCUACACACACACGGCGGUCAAUACGGUCAUGGUCAUGGACCACACGAAUGGAAUUUCGCCAAAGCGUUUCUCUACUCGCUCACCGUUCUGACGACUAUUGGUUACGGUAACAUAGCACCACGCACUACGCUCGGCCGUUUGGUGACACUCGUCUACGCCAUUUUCGGCAUACCGCUUACGCUCAUUUAUCUCUCCAGUACUGGUGGCAUUUUAGCAAAAGUGGCACGUGAGGUAUUCUCCAAAGCGUUAUGCUGUUGUCUCUGCUCAAAUUGCGGCUAUUGUUGUUACGAUGAAAAGCGUAUGGCUGAAAAGGAGCGUCGCAUGAAGCGUAAACGACAGCAAGAGGAAUUGCGUAAACAACAGGCUGCCUUGCAGGAACCUUACUAUGUACACGACUCAUACGCCACAACGGAGAAACAAUCAAAUCUAACUGGUGGCACACAGAUGUUGCCACCCGACAUCGAUUCGUUGAGUGCGAGUGAAUCACGUGGCUCCAUGCAUGGGCUCAGUAUAUUGGCGCCAAUUUUGUUGUGCCUUUCAAUGAUGAUCAUCUACAUACUAAUCGGUGCAGUCGUACUAUACCGACUGGAAGACUGGCCCAUACUCGAUGGCAUCUACUUCUGUUUCAUGAGUUUAUCAACAAUUGGUUUUGGUGAUAUGCUACCGGGUUUACGACGCGAAUCCACUACGACCACAUGGUUUUGUUCAAUUUAUAUCAUGUCUGGCAUGGCGCUCACAGCGAUGUGCUUCAAUGUUAUACACGAGGAGAUUGUGCAUCGCAUCAAAAUCGUGGUAGAAUUCAAGAAAGCAAGCAAUGCGCUGGAUACGAUGGGUGAGGAGCAAGGCUACUAUAUGCCGCCUUGACAAUUUGAGAAGGGCACAAGCUUGUACAAACGCAAUCCCACCGAAGAGACGCUGGUGACAGGCACGCCAACUUCACUCGCUUACGGCGCACAGCUGGACACAGAUCUAAGUCAGCUGCAUGCAUUGAAAGACUAUGUCAAUCAUGAGCU